GUCCGAGGCGGGUUUGAGAGGGAGCCCGCCAGUGCAAAUUUCCAAACUUGAAAUUUGAAUUCAAGUUACUUCUCAGAAUUAGUCAAUUGGUUUCAGAAAAACGCGUUGAGGGACUAGUGGGUGCUAUAUUUCAUAAUGAUACAUAAAAGACCUUGCUACUGGGACUUGAAAGAUAUUCUAUGCAGUUCAGAAAAAAUAAUAUCAGUGUUACAAACAGAUUUGGAAAACUUAGGAUAUCUGAGCGAACUUACCAAGACAGAGUAUCCAGAAGAUAUUCAGUGGGAAAGAUUCAGAAAACUAGCAACUUCUGAAAAGAAGAAAUUACAGAAUCAAGGCGAUGAAGAAGUGAACAGCUUGCAUUCUGCUACGAAUAGUAUAUCUGAAGCAGAGUAUCAUGAAGAAAUAAGCUCCGAGAACUACCCAACAGAGAAUGAUGAAGAAACAGAUAAUGAAAAGCUACCUAGUGGGACACGAGUCGAGUUACCAUUUUGGAUGGCGGAAACAUUGGCUGUCCGAAAUUUUGUGAUUUUACAGGCUCCACAUUCAUAUGGAUCUCGAACUAGAAAGGAUAUUGUUGCAGACGCUACGUUUGUGAACUUCAAGUCCAAAGCUGCCUUCUAUUAUCGAUAUGGAAAUCAACUCGCACAUUGUUUGGGAGAUCAGGAUCUGAGAGAACGCUUACUUUAUGCCUUUUCUAGUCGCUUCAGGAAAGUUUUACAAGUUUCUCAUAGUAUUAUGACUAUUCAAAACCAACAAUGUACAAAUGGUGAAUCUCAACAGUUAGGAUUGACUUCAGUACCUAGCCAUUUGUCCGAAAUCAUUCAAAAAUUUGACGAAUCUGAAAGACAGCUGUUGAACUUUGCAAUAGAGAGCAGCGUACGACUACGUGAGUGGAGAACGAGAAGAUUAGGAAAACACGACAAAGGACUCAAGAAUGUCUCAAAACGAUUCAGAGAUAUUGAGACCAGUAACUUGAAAUCAUCUGAAAAGCUUGCUAAAAUCCAACAAAGAGGAUCCGCACUUACAGAAUUAUCACUUAACCAACAGAAUAUAAGAUUCAGUGAAGUAACUGGACUGACUUUUUGAAAUAGUAAAAAAUGACAAGACUUCAACGACAACUUAGAUGUUUAUAAUUUUCUGAAAUGCUGGAAGUUCUCCAAUGUUUUGGGAAUUAAUAAAACUUUGUCUGGAGCAAGUUUUAAAGUGAU